AAUUUCAUUAUCAAUAAACAAUUCAUAACUUGUAAUUUAUUCUGCAAAUAUAAGAGACUAAUGAACGAUAUUUGCCCAUUGUCCCAAGCGCUUUCGUUGUUGAGCAAAGCCUCAUUUCCUGAAUGUUUUAACAUUAGAAGAUCGCUCCGUACCGAAGAAUUCUAUUAUUUAUUUAUUCGAUAAUCUCGAAUUCGAUUGACGUUCAUUGUUAAAAAGUACUUAUUGUAAGAAUAUUGUUAGUAAUGGUUAAAAAUCUUACUUAUAAAGAAAGUAAGGAAAUUUCUUACUUCGUUGGAUCGUAUACUUUGAUGUAUUCUGUAAUCAGAUUAGCUACUGGCAAUUAUAAAACGUUUGCAGGAGAUUAUAUUAACCAGAAUAAAAUUGACUCUUUGUGUUAUAAUUUAUAUAAAAUCAUUAGUUGGAUCGCGUGGUCUGGACUGCUGCUAGUGAGCUUCGUGCUGCUUAUCGCAAUUAGAAAGAAGAAGCCUAGACUGAUGUUGCCAUGGUUAAUGUGGAUGCCAAUUGUAACUAUUGGAGUUCCUGCUUCCGAAAUCUGUCUUUUAGUCGCCAUUGUCAAAACAUCUAUGCUGAUUAUUCUGAUGAUGCUGACUUUUAUAUUAACUUGUAUGAAUAUAUACUGUUUACUAUAUGUAUAUUAUUACUAUAAAAGUUAUAAACACAAGAAACAGCCAAGAAGACUGGAGGUUUCAUCAAAUAAACACCGCGAGGAAGAGAAUUUAGAAGAUGACAAAGAAGAAAUUGCUUUAGAGGAAAAUUUGAAGGAUGAUAAACAAGUCACAAAAGAUAAUGAAUAUUUAUAUUCUUCAGAGAAUUUAGAAAUAUCAGACGAAGAUUUGGACACGACAUCAAAUCACGAAGGAAACUUAAAAUAGCAUUGUAUCGAGAUAACACUACGUAACACCCCAAAAAGAAAGGAAUUAUUAUAUAAAUCUGUAAUUGUAAUACUUUGGCAUGUCAUAUUAAGAAGAUUUAUUGAAAUUUUAUAUUGUAAAUAUAUACGUUAACAAGAAAUAAUUCUAACUUUAACUGAUUUUCUAGUUUAAAAUGAAAUAAAAGUGAAGAAAAUCUUUGUUUAAUGAAUUAUCAUCAUCAAUGUUCGUAACGGCGGAUUUAGGGGGUGCUAGGGUGCAGUUCUACCUCCAUUCCUGUGGGUAUUUGAAAUAGUCGUUUGAAGUUAGGGGUA